AUGGCGAAACACCAGCACGAUUCUUCGUCUGAUUCAUCCGACGGUGUAGCUCACGCGAUCAUGGAGGAGAUAAAGUUGCAUAAACAUUUGCUUGCUCAAAUCUACACCCAACCGGCACCGGAGCCGAGACGUGUUAAGCGUCCCCGGUCUUACGUCUACCGUGAUCGUGAGGAUGCCCAUCUACAUCUUAUGCAAGACUACUUCGACGAUAAUCCGACGUACGGGCUUACACUUUUCCGACGUCGUUUUCAAAUGCAGAAGGAGUUGUUCUUGCGCAUCGUCGAGGCUGUUCAAGGUGAAGAUAGUUACUUCCAGAUGACCAUUGAUGCAAUAGGUCAGGAUUCUCUCUCCCAUUUGCAGAAAUGCAUGCCGGCUAUCCGCCAAUUAGCCAUCGGCGUCAGUGCGGAUAAUAUUGACGAGUAUCUCAAAGUCGCCGACUCAAACGGGCGUGUAUGCCUCAAAAAGUUCUGCAAGGCUGUCAUCCGGGCUUUCAGAGCCCAUUAUCUGCGUCGUCCAACGGGGGAGGACAUCACACGCCUUACUCAGAUGCACGAGGCGCGACACGAAUUUCCCGGGAUGCUAGGGAGUCUUGAUUGUAUGCAUUGGGGGUGGAAGAAUUGCCUAAAGGCGUGGCACGACGCAUAUACACGCGAUGAUCAAGGGGAGCCAACAUUGAUCUUGGAGAUCGUUGCAUCCCACGAUCUGAGCAACGCAAACUUCUGCACUGCAACAGUUCCUAAGUGA